UUCCUCGGCCGGGAUGGGCUGCGCGGGACUGAGUGAUCGGCCUUGCGUCCGGCGGGUAAUCCCCAUCUGACCUGCUGCCUGUGAGCCGCCGACUGCCGGGCCGCGCGAGCCUGAGGGGCCGGGGCAGCGCGGCGAUGACCUGAUCCUGAGCCCGCCAGGGCACCCACUCCUUCCCUCGCUCCCUCUGAGCCUGUGCGGAGAGCAGCCCGGUGCGGCGGCCCCGGGCGGACCAUGGCGGGGAGCUCCAGUUAAAGGCGUGUGGGCGCCGAGCUGGAGAGGACACCUUCGGCAUCGCUGCCUUUUGAGGGGGCUUAUUUAAACUACUGAGUCAUUCCAGAUUUAGGAUUCCCUAAAUAAUCACCAACUGUGCCCGUCUUGUGCCAGAAAGAAAGCGAAAAGAGAAAGAGCGCCCGCUUUUGGGACCCCGCGUAUCGGCGGCGCUCGCCUCUCGCGGGUUUCUCCCGGAGGGGUGCUCGGCCCUUGAGGAUCUCCCUCCCUCUCUCCCUCCCUCCUUCCCCGUCCCUCCUGCCCUCUUCCCCCUCCCCCCUCCCCCCCUCGCCUCCCGCUCUCUUUGCAGCGUUGCUGGCGGGGAGUCGCGCUCGCCGCAGCUGGAAACAGCUGCCCCCACCUCGCGCCCCUACCCCGACUCCGGCUAACCGCUCCCACUUCGCGCCUCUCGGAAUUCCAGAACUCGGGCGGCGGGCCCUGGGAGAACAGCAGCCGGUGCGAUGCAUUCCGUAGACCUCACCCAGCCGGGACGGACCUCCUAAUCUCCAGAAUUGCGGGCCGCAGGGAGUUAAAUUGCUGCCUUCCUCUCCUCUGUUGGCGGUUGGUGGCUUGUUUUCUAAAGGAACGUUUUAUUCACUUUUUAGUAUUUUCUACCGGGGGCACGCUACCCGCCUCGGUCCAGACUCUGCUUUGUAAACGGGUUUUAUAUGUAUGUGUGUGUAGAUAUACUUUGGACACCUUACAACGCUUGCGCCUCUCCAACAGGGGCACGGCUUGUUGUUUUGGACAUCCUUCUUCCCCUUCCACUUGGUACUCCGAAGCAGUGUGACCAAACUCCCCACUGCCCCUUGGACACGGAUCGCCUUGGGGUGCAAGUUUGGGGUGCAAGAGUCUAGUUAACAGGAAGGCCUGGGACCGCCCCGCCCCCGCCGCCAGCGGUUGGGGAAGUUUACAUCUGGAUUUUCACACAUUUUGUCGCCACUGCCCAGACUCUGACUAACCUUGUGGGCGCCGGGUUUUCGGUACUGCAGCCAUCUCAAAUAUUAGCACUGCCUCCCCGCGCCUGCCCUGUCCCUCCAGGCCGCCGAGGUCCUGCCCUCGCCCCUGCGGAGCGUGAUUCCGGGGGGCGCAGUGGAGCCGGGGGCCUGGGGCCCGCGCUGAGCAGCUAUGGCUGCAGCGAUAGCCAGCUCCUUGAUCCGGCAGAAGCGACAGGCGAGGGAGUCCAACAGCGACCGGGUGUCGGCCUCCAAGCGCCGUUCCAGUCCCAGCAAAGACGGGCGCUCCCUGUGCGAGAGGCACGUCCUCGGGGUAUUCAGCAAAGUGCGCUUCUGCAGCGGCCGCAAGAGGCCAGUGAGGCGGAGACCAGAACCCCAGCUGAAAGGAAUUGUGACAAGGUUAUUCAGCCAGCAGGGAUAUUUCCUGCAGAUGCACCCAGAUGGUACCAUUGACGGGACCAAGGACGAAAACAGCGACUACACCCUCUUCAAUCUAAUUCCAGUGGGCCUGCGUGUGGUGGCCAUCCAGGGGGUGAAGGCCAGCCUCUAUGUGGCCAUGAAUGGUGAAGGCUAUCUCUAUAGCUCAGAUGUUUUCACUCCAGAAUGCAAAUUUAAGGAAUCUGUGUUUGAAAAUUACUAUGUGAUCUAUUCUUCCACACUGUACCGUCAGCAAGAAUCAGGCCGAGCAUGGUUUCUGGGACUCAAUAAAGAAGGUCAAAUUAUGAAGGGCAACAGAGUGAAGAAAACCAAGCCCUCAUCACAUUUUGUACCAAAACCUAUUGAAGUGUGUAUGUACAGAGAGCCAUCACUACAUGAAAUUGGAGAAAAACAAGGGCGCUCGAGGAAAAGUUCUGGAACACCAACCAUGAAUGGAGGCAAAGUUGUGAAUCAAGAUUCAACAUAGCUGAGAACUCUUCCCUGCAUCCCUCUCUCAUCCUUUCCCUUUCUCCCCCUGCCCUUUACCCAUUUCCUUCCAAUAAAUCCACCCAAGGAGAGGAAAAUAAAAUGGCAACCCAGGACCUAGUGGCUAAGAUUCUGCACUCAAAAUUUUCCUUUGUGUAGGACAAGCAAAUUGAACCAAAGCUUGCCUGUUGCAAAGUGGUAGAAAAUGCACAUGCAUAAAGAUUAGCAUACAUAAAAGCUGAGGAAAAAAUAAAUCAAGACUCCAUAAGCAUUAACAUAAACUCUGUUGUUAUUAAUAGAGGGCUAAUUGUAAUGAAGAUAUAACUAUAAUAAAGAUGAAAUAAAGUUACCUUAAAGAAAAGGGUUUUGGAGUAUCGACCUUACAAAUCAAUGUAAUACCCUAAAUAGCUUAAACUCUGGAUAAAUCUGUGAUGUGUGCUUUGUUUUGAAUUUGUAUUUUGGGGCAUCUGAAAGUGACACAUAAUUACAUUCUGUUUCCAGGAUUUUUUUUUACCAUGAUACUGAACGCGUAUGAAUUAUAGAUUCUUUUAAUGCCUGUAAGGUAUAUAUAUAGCCAGGAAUUAUUUAACAUCAAGAAAAGCUUAAAAUUUUAUUCCUGAAAUUGAUAUUUAAGACUGUUUUAUGCAAAAGAUAGCCUCAAGUUGAAUUUAAUUCUAUUAGCUGAUUUCCUUCCUUCCUAAAAAGAGUUUCAGAUUCUCCUAGGAAAAUAUCACAUUUUUUUCAAAAGUAUUAAUUCAGGAUCUCAUUUUUUUUUCUUUAGCCAUUUAUGGAAAAAAAAAAUUCUUGUUCUAUGGCUAAAGUAACUUUUAGGAAUUCUUCAUCAUUGCCAUGCCUGGGCAGUGAUAAAUAAGUUAUGUGCUCUUACUAUUUCAUCUGAUUUUUUUACUUUGUGGACACCUUUGAGAGAAUAGGUGCAUAUCUAGGUGUCUUAGAGAGUUUUAUACCAUCUCUUGCAGCAGGAAAGAAGGAAGAAGUGUUUUACAUAAGGAAAUAAGUCCUAAGAAAUUGGUGAAAGGAAACCGUAUCUGCCUCUGUAACUUACCAGAGUUUUCUGUAUUUAGCAUUUUCUAAACUUCCCCAGGAAAUUGGGAGGCAUGGCUGUGAAAUUCCUAACUAUCUUAGGAAGCCAGUGGAUUGCUUAAUGUUUGUUACCAUAUAUGAUUAUUUAUAAAUCUAGUUGGAAAGAAGACUGUCCCAUAGAACACAGAAGGGAACUUGUAAGACACUGAGUUUUCAAAGGUCAUAGAGAAACAUGGAAUUAACUGAGGCUCCAACAGAGUUGUGUGAAUGGCUUAAAAGUAGUCCAAAACAAACAAACAAACAAACAACUCAGUGUAAGGCUAGGGAAAUGCAUAUGUAGGAAUACUAAAGUAUUAGGAAAAUGUUAGGGAAAAAAUGAACAUUAUACACUUGCCUUGGACAAAAAUGAAUCUACUUAGUCCUACAAAUCAGGAAUGGUAUAGAGACAUCCAAAUCAAAACAAAACAAAACAGAAUGCUAAAAAUGUCUGCAGAUUUAUGGAUAUUAUCAAUGAGAAGACUUAGCAUGCUACUUCUCCUAUAGCUUUACCAUCCAGCAUGUAUGGUUCCAAAUACUCCGUAAAAUAUAUACACUUUGCAGAAGCUCUAGGCCCUCAGUUCAAUAACCUUGCCAUCAGUUGCUGUAUUCUCUCAAAGUCAAUGUAGUUUCCCUCACUCUACUCAAUCAUUAUUCUUCAAUAGUGGUCUGUGUCCUUCACCAAGUAUUCUAUUUAUGUUAUCAGGAGGUUAGCAGGAAAUAAAAUGGAGAGAUUUGUCUAAUCGGUUGCAAAGAAUAAAAGAUAUGCAUCUAGGCAAGGAUUUUGAACACACAUUUGCAAGAGAUAUUUGCUUCACCAAACCCUUUGCAAAGUAACAAAUAAAGACUUUUAAAUUAAAGCAAAAAAAAAAAAAAAAGAAAUAAAGAAAUGUUACUAUUCUAGGAGAAGAAUACCUUUGUAAAAAGAAAUCUAGACAUACCAAUCAGGUUGUAUUUCCCCUUGUCACUCUUGAAUGAACUUGAUUAUAAACACAUCUGUCACUUUCGGACCAAACAAACCCCAAGCACAAAGCCUUAUUUUCUUUGAAAAAAUAAAGAAGAGGCUUCUACAAAAUGGGUCACAGGCUCAUUUAGCAUAAAAUGACUUGAGCUUUUUGGUAAUACACACAUACACACACCACAAACUCAUGAGUAACACAAUUGACAGUUUCACAAAGUGUUAUAAAUUACACUAAUGAUUUCUGGACAGACUGUAUCUAACCUACUUGAAAAUUAUGAAAAAUAUGAUAGAGAUAUGAAUCUCCAACAAAAUUCUUCUCUUUAUUUUCAAUGGCUAGCCAUCCUUCAGCAUCUAGACUUAUAUUUGUCUCCUUUCUGAUAGCAAUUAAGAAACGGUUCUAACUACCCAGUUUGUAUUGUUUUUCUCCAUAUCAUUUAAGCAAAUGUUCACUACAGUAAAAUGUUUUGGAAAUUAGCUUUGUCUGAGUUAAAUUGAGGGAAUAAAUUGGAAACUUCAUAUUCUUUUACACAUUAACCUGACAAAAAUUAUGGUUUAGAGCACAAGGUGAACAUUUUCCUAACUGCUGCUUACUUUUUAAGUACAUUAAAACCUUUCAUAGAAAAGUAUUCACUGCCUAGGUUUUAAAAUAUUACCAAAUAUAUACAUAUAACUAUCCUAUUUCCUCCAAAAAUAUUAGCCAGUUUAAACAGUUUUGUCUUUCAGGUUUACUCCAAAUAAAAUAAUUCUUUACUUUGAUUUUCAUCAUUCCAAUUUCUGGGUCUCAAUUCUUCCAUCACUUAUUCUCCUAUAAGUAAGAUAAGCUUUUUUUUUCUUAAAUGCAUUGGGAUAGCCUCAGAAAAAUUAUGACAUUUAGCACAGCGUUGUAAUUGGCUAUGUACAUACACAGUAAAACAUGUUUAAGAGUACUUAUUGUAACAUGUUUCAAAAAUCAAUGGUCUUGGAAUGAAAGCAAAACUCUUGAGAAGCUCACAAAAGAGUUGUCUGGUCAAUGUAUCUUACUUGACAUUUAAGCUUGAAGUUUGAAGCAUAGAAACAAAACUGUGCUGAAGUUCCAUUUGCUAAUUCAGAGACUUUUGUGCUCAGGAAACUGGAGGACAGAGAGCCAACCUAUUCUUGAUCACAGUAAUAGUUUGGGGUUUGAAUUUUACAUAUGAAUUUCAUAGCACAUUUUUAGCCAUUAUAGAUUAGCACAAUAAAAAGACAUCAAUUUGAUGCAAAUGAUGACGCUUUAUGGGCCUCAUUCAGAUAGAUUUUAGAAAAAGCCUUCUAUUUAAGAAAAUGACAGUGCUGUCCAUAGGUAUUAUAUAGAUUGGUGGUCCUGUGGUGCCACUAAAAAUGAGAGUAUUAAGACGAAAGUGAAAGAUGAAGAAUGACUUACGUGUUGAAAAGUCUGACGGUCCUAAUUUGGGACCCCGAGUUCCCGGGUGAAGAAGCAUGAUUGCAUCAACAAUAAUUUUUUUAAACGUGGACCCAGAAACAGCAAAUCCACAAUUCCACCUUCGUGGCUUUGUCUAAAAGGCCGUGCUCUGAGAAGGUUUUCCAUGAUGUUGCUUAAUUUUCAUCUGCACAAGGUGAAACAUUCAAACACAAAAAUCCCCUGCUCGUCUUAAUAUCAUAAGAAGCUGAGAUUAUUUCUCUGUCAUAAAAUUGUAAAUAGCUUUUUUUAAAUCAGAAUCACAUUUAAAACAGUGGAUUGUUCUACAAAUAUAUAUGUGUAUAUAUACAUAUGCUUCUGAAAUAAGGAUAUAUAGACUUUUUAUUUGAUUUGUGGUCUUUAGUCCUAGGUAAUCAAAGAUAAAGAGAUUUGAACGCAAAACUUUAUAUUUAAAUGUAUAUUUCUAAUGACAGUAUAAAUUGCCACUUUAUAAUAAAAAAAGAAACAGGUGGGAAAAAUAAAGCACAUGUCCUUUAGAAUGUCAGUGAUUCUGAACCCCCCCUUUUGAUGCAGAGGUAACUAUUUUUUAUUUCUAAAAGUUAUCUUUUAAAAAGCUGUACUUCCUGAUAGAGAUUCCAUGAUCAGUCAUGUCAGAUUGAAAAUUUAGAGUUGAGGGCAAGAAAAAAAUGCUAAAUACAGAUAUUUAUUUUUCAGGAUUGUUCCUGGAGCCCAAGUAAAAAUCCAAUAUUUAAAAUUUAAGUGAAAAUGGCUAAUGUUCAGAGAUGACAUACUGAGCUUCAGUAACAAACAGAAGCAAAAAUAUAUUAACACUAUGAUAAUAACAUUGAAAUAAUGUCAUAGUAGAAAUUGCAUCAUUAGAUGUUUUAUUAGUUGGAAAAAAUAAGUUGAUGUUUCUUUGUCUCUGCUCCAAGCACAACCUAAAGACAGUGGCAUUAAUUUUAGAGUUGUUCAAAAGUCCAAAAUACCUCCCAUGAAUAGAACUGGUUUUAGCUCAUUACAAGGUUAAAUGUUACAAUCUUAAGCAAUUAUUGAGACCAAAAUGUUUAAUAAAUGUGUUGUAUGAGAAA